AUGGAUGCAGGGAGUGACACAGUAUCAACUGUGUUUGAAUGGCUCAUGGCCCACCUUGUGAAGGACCAAACUAUCCAAGAAAAACUUUAUUCUGAAAUCCAAGAGGUUGUGAAUUCAGACGAAGAGAUCAAAGAAGAGGAUUUGCAGAAGAUGCCAUAUCUGAAGGCAGUGGUAUUAGAAACGCUGAGGUUAAACCCACCUACCCACUUUGUGCUGCCACGAAUUGUGGAAGAAGAUAUUGUGUUGAAUGGCUAUCUCAUUCCCAAGAAAACUAUUGUGAAUUUUACGGUGGCAGAUAUGGCGAGGGACCCACAAGUUUGGAAAGAUUCUAUGGAGUUUAUGGCAGGGAGGUUCUUGGGUGAAGAAGGGGAAGCAGUUGAUAUCACAGGGAGUAGGGAAAUUAAGAUGAUGCCAUUUAGUGCAGGGAGGAGGAUUUGCCCUGGACUUGGGUUGGGGACAUUGCAUUUGGAGUACUUUUUGGCAAAUUUUAUCACAAGUUACAAAUGGGUGCCCGUGGAUGGAUAA